AUGGAGAGAACGGAGGUGUGGUCUCAACCUCAAGAAGACGGAGGCGGGGACGAGGCCGGAGAGCUUAUCCUCAACCAAUAUGGGGUCCCAGGUGCGUGGUCUCAACCUGGAGAAGACAGAAGCCGGAACAAGGCCGGAGGGCUUAUCCUCAACCAAUAUGAGGUUUCAGACAGAGGCCGGGACAAGGUGCGUGGUCUCAACCUGGAGAAGACGAAGGUGCGUGGCGUCAACCUGAAGAAGACGGAGCCCGGGACAAGGCCGGAAUGCUUGCCCUCAACCAAUAUUGGGUCUCGAGUGCGUGGUGUCAACCUGAAGAAGACGGAGGUGCGUGGUCUCAACCUGGAGAAGACGGAGGUGUGGUCUCAUCCUGAAGAAGACGGAGGUGCGUGGUCUCAACCUGGAGAGGACGGAUACGGAGACAAGGCCGGUGGGCUUAUCCUCAACCAAUAUGGGGUCCCAGGUGCGUGGUGUGGUCUCAUCCCGAAGAAGACGGAGGUGCGUGGUCUCAACCUGGAGAAGACGGAGGCCGGGACGAGACCCGAGGGCUUAUCCACAACCAAUAUGGGGUCCCAGGUGCGUGGUCUCAACCUGGAGAAGACGGAGGACGGAUACGGGGACAAGGCCGGAGGGCUUAUCCUCAAGCAAUAUGGGGUCCCAGGGUCCCAGGUGCGUGGUCUCAACCUGGAGAAGACGGAGGUGGGGACAAGGUGUGGUUUCAACGUCAAGAAACGGAGGUGCCUGGAGGAGACGGCGGCCGGGACGAGGCCGGAGGGCUUAUCCUCAACCAAUAUGGGGUCCCAGGUGCGUGGUCUCAACCUGGAGAAGACGGAGGACGCCAUCGUUUGGGUAGAACACACGACGCCUAGGAUGACUGCUUCCCUGCUGA